UGCAGACAACACGGCCGAUUCGUCUUGGGAUGAGUAGCAAUUCAUGAUUGAUCGAACCACACGCUGCAUAUAUACGAGGCAAUCCGGCAGCAACGGCAUCGAUCGAUCAGGAUCUUAUUCUUUCAAACUCCGAAUUCCCAAGCCAUCUCCUGUCCUGGCGAUGAGGAUCAACAUCCUGUCAUGGUAGCCCAUGCUCAGCCUUGUGACCCCACGGCGAUUUCAUUGGCUGCAGAUAAUCCAGUUCUCCACACUCCGCAAGGCUGAUAGCCAAGUUUUCUUUUCCAGACGCCUUUUUGGAUAUUGGAGCGCAGAACACAACUCCAAACAAAUUCCGAACAUUCGUUUCUCUGACGGCAUUACCUGUGAAAACGUCUUUCGUAUACCCUUCUAGCACGCGGAAAAUUCUCGAAUCAUCAUGGCACCAGAGGUGGGCCUAUCACGCUCUACCUUUGCCAAGCUCUCACCUCAUCCGUAUCUCCUCGCAAACCUCGAACCAUCCGACGACUCCAUUCCUCCUGCGCGAAGCAAUGGCCGUGCUCCUUUCGAGGUCCGAAAACCUACAGUGAAUUUGUCUAGCUUGUCACAUGCCCACGGAAGUGCUUUGGUCCGGACAGGAGACACCACAGUCAUUUGCGGAAUCCGGGCCGAAACUAUCCUGACAGACCAUAUCCCCAACUACCGCGCAUCCAAUACACAGACAGAAUUGGCCGAUUACGACUUAUUGGUCCCCAAUAUUGAACUUGCCACAGGUUCUGCGCCGCAAUUCUUGCCUGGUGGCCCACCCACAACUCUCGCCCAAACCUUGAGCACCAAAAUUUACACUCUUCUACACAGCUCCAAGCUCCUACGAGCAGAAGACUUGCGGAUAUGGCACAAUCGACCGGCUGAAGCGUCAUUCGCAGAUGAGGAAGAAGGAGCUCAAGAAAGUGAGGAAAAAGAAGGAGAAAAAUACGUGGUAGCAUACUGGGUGCUAUACAUCGACCUUUUCUUCAUCUCUUUCGAUGGCAACCCGUUUGACGCGGCAUGGGCAGCAACAGUAGCUGCUUUACGCGAUACAAAGCUGCCACAGGCUCGCUAUGACCCAGACAGAGAGAUGAUUCUAUGCUCUAGGAAAAAUCCCAAGCCUCUCGCUGUGGAAAGCAUGCCUAUUUCUUGCACAGCCGUCAUUUUCACCGGCAAGGAGACGAAAGACCAGCCUGCGGAUGGCAAGUUCUGGCUGCUGGCCGAUCCAGAUACUUUGGAGGAAUCAUUAUGCGACGAGACAGUCACAAUUGUCAUUGACUGCACAGGAGGUUCAAGAAAGAUCUUGUCCAUCUCGAAGCAUGGAGGCACAGUCAUGACGGCAAAACUGCUUACAUCGAAGGAAUUCUUGGAUUGGGCAAGUAAGCGAUGGGAGGACUUUGCAUCAGCAAUAACUGGCAGCCAGUAAAAUCUAGAAUAGCAUAAUACCAACUUUGUCCAGAUACUGGGAGCUAUUUUGCUCUCCGAGUUUUACAUAGCCAGAUCAUAUUAAUAGCGCCGUGUGCAAGCUCUGCAUAUGAGGCCAGAUAACUCCGGAAACAAG